AUGGAUUCCUCAAGGAAUUUGCGGCCCAAUGACUCAGGGACUGGCCGCGAGGUCGGAUCUCUCACCCCGUCAAACCUCUCGGAACCCAAUAUCGUGCCGAGUCCUACACCCGAAGGCUCUGUGCCACCAACGUCGGUUUCCGCCCAGGAACGUACUCGGGUUCCGACCCCACCGCCUUCCAGAGAGCCCGAGGAGACCGAACAUGCCUACUGGGCCGAAUUUCAAGAGGAUAGAUCUACUCCAGAUGAGGAGGAAUUGAAGGAAAUUGAAGGUGCCGAGGCGGAUUACAGUGCUUGUGACCACACAUAUUGGGAAACCAAUUUCUUUCGGGAUUUAGACGAUCCGGAAUACAAGCCCAGGGAGAAGGCUCGUUUGACAUGGAAGUUCAAGGGCGUCCGAGGCACCCCCGAGGCCCCCAACCGUGCAAAGGUUGUGCGUUCCCCGGCGGCCUUCAUUGGUGGAUAUUGGUGGCGAAUCAAGUUCUACCCCCGCGGUAACAAUGUCGGUUCCUUGAGUAUGUACCUGGAGUGCUCGCCUACAAUGCCCAACCCGGAUGAGCAAAUUCCAGAGACCGAGUUCACUGUUCGUCGAGGAGAGCCCGAUACCGUUCUCAAUGAGAUCCCGCCCGACGCAUAUAUCCAGACCGCCGCCACAACCAAUUCUGCAGAAUGGCUCAACGACUAUAAAUCUCGGUAUCCCGCCGCGGCAUCGGCUCCCGAGGGACGUACCGGUACAAAGUCCGAUCCAUGGCGGGUAUCGGCACAGAUUGGUGUUAUCGCCUACAACCCCGAUGAACCACGAACGGGAUGGAUGCAGUCAUCGUGCCAUCAGUUCAACCCACACAACCUAGAUUGGGGUUGGACAUAUUUCCAUGGUCCAUGGGACCAGAUUCACAACCGUCGACGAGGCCAGCAUCGGGCCCUGCUCAACAAUGACACUCUCGCAUUUGAUGCUUAUAUCCGCGUGAUUGAUGACCCGACCAAAUCCUUGUGGUGGCACCCCAGUGACUCUGAGCCAACUUGGGAUAGUCUCGCCUUGACUGGCUAUCGCCCCCUUGGAGACUCGGUCAUCAACCAUAGCGCCGAAGUUGCAGGUCUUGCCUCGUGGCUGCAUAUUGCGCCCUUUUGCAAGAUCAUUCAAAAUGUUGAUGUCUUGGAACACUUGACCAAUUGCGAUGCCAAGCCAAAGCCCCUAUGUGAUGCUAUGCAGAAGUUGUUGUGGCAGCUACGUAGUCGCACCAAGUCACUUCAAUACGUGGACACCGACAGCAUCACCUCCACUCUACGCAACUUGCGUGAGUUCUCGGGUGAUGUGUCUGAGUUCUGGGAGCGACUGCGCCGUACCUUGGAGCUAGAGCUCGCGGGCACAGAUGCUGGAAAAGAAUUCGCCAAGCUGUUUGAUAGUCCCUCCCGUCAAUCCCUGCAAGUUGCCGGUGAUGUGGAGCAAAUCAAUACUUUGCCGACCGAUUUCAAUUCUCGCAUCUGUGUGCAGUCCGACCAGGUCAAAUCCACAGGAGAGGCUAUGAAAGACUAUCUGGGUGCUAAAAAUGGUCGCUGGGCACUUCCUCCCAUUCUUCAUGUGGAACUCGGUCGCCAAACCCUCGACAAGGCCAUGCGCUGGCAAUUAAACUUCAACAGGGUGGAUCUGGAUGACGAGCUGGACCUCACACCUUGGGUGAUUGAUGGUCAAGGUAGCAAGUAUGUCCUCUACGGCUACGUUGUUCACCGUGGUCGUCGCACUUCCAGCAAGUUCUUCAGUAUCCUGCGCCCUGCUGGUCCAGGAACCAAGUGGUUGGCAUUCGAUGAUGGCAGCGACAAUCGUGUGGAAUGCUUGACUCAGAAGACCGCCUUAGGCGCUCACCUUGGUCUUGAUUCCACUCAGACCGUGGAUCACAAGAAGGGCCAUGACAUCCCCGUCGUCGCAAUGUAUGUCCGCAGUGACAUGGUUUCAGAACUUCUACCUGGCCCUCAAGGACCGUGGGAGGUGCCAAAGUCCUUGAAAGAAUACUACGAGACCGGCGUAUACACCCCCACUCCGGAUUCCACUGAGAAGUCAUUGAACAGUGAUGUUCAGGUUGAAGUGUACUCGCUGCCAGAGUAUGAUCAAUUAGGUGACCUCUUUGACACGUAUGACCUCAUGUCCAAAGCCAAGUCAAACAAUGGUGUCAUGUACAUGACUCUGCCACGUUCAUCUCGCCUGGCCGAGCUCCGCAAGAAGAUCGCUCUUUGGAAGUCGGCUGGUGAGGAGGUUAUUGGAGCCGAACGGGUUCGUCUGUGGCACAUUGGCCACACUCGUGCUCAGUGUGGGCCUACUCUAGCCUUUGAGCAUAUUACUGAUCUCAACACUCCAUUGGACGCUUCGGCUGGUACUAUGCGAUUCUGGAUGGAGGCUAUAUCUGAGGAUGACGCGAAAUUAUUUGCUAUUCCCGAUCCUCCUUCCGCUACCACUACCGAGGACAAGCUUGAAGAGUCCAUUGUUGAGCAAUUGGGUUCCGAAAGCAGUGAAUCUCUACCUUUGGUCAACAAUGGAGACGCCGUUGCCAGUUCAUCCAGAGGCGAUGCGAGCCCCACAGAAAGUUCCGUUCCGCCUCUGGCAACCUCAUCUCCAGAAGCUGAUGCUAUGGUUGACGAGCGAGCCGAGCACGAUGCCGUCCUGGCUGUCGCUGCAGCUCAUGAUGCCAACUCAUCUGCCCCUCAGCCCAUUGUCCCUGCUCCUGCAGAGGCAAGCUCCUCAGGGUCUGCCCCAGCCGAGCCCGAAGUCACACUACCCGUUGGCCAUGCAUACUAUUUCAUUCAAGUUUUCGAUGAAGAUAAGCAGGUACUCCGCACUGUGGGCUCGUUCUUCUCCAAGCUGGAGGCAAACGUCAAGGCAUCGAUUCGGAAGCACCUAAAGCGAACUAUCCGACAGGAUUUCCUGAUGUGGAAGCGUGUGGAUGGAACCACCGUCACAACAGUGUCUCCAGCCGAGAACUUCAUGGACGUCGUCGUGCCCCAUGGAUCAUGUAUAAUCGUCGGGGACAAGCUGACCAAAGCCAAACGUUCUCAACUUGGACUUUCCGGCCUCUUCUCCAGUCCCGACCGUCUGGUCCAGUACCUUUGGGCCAAGUCACGCAACCACCCCGUGCAAGGCUUCACCGGAACUAAGACCAUCGAAGCAACCUUCACGAGCGACUUUUACAGCGGCGAGUUCCUGAAGGGCUACUAUCACGGAAACGGCAAACAUCUUUCCGGCACCGGCACCGUCUACGAAGGCGACUUCAUCUUCGGUCGUCGCCAUGGCCAAGGCAAGAUGGAGUACCCGACCGGUGAUACCUAUGAUGGCGACUGGGUCGAAGAUGUCCGCCAUGGACAGGGAACAUAUGUUGAGAAGAAGUCCGGCAACUCGUAUGUUGGCGGGUACAAGGAUGGCAAGAAGUAUGGCAAAGGCAUCAGCUACUGGGAAGUUGCCGAUGAAGAAGCGGAUCUGUGUCAGAUCUGUUACUCGGAGGAACAGGAUGCUGUCUUCAUUGACUGUGGCCAUGUCUGCUCUUGUGUGACGUGUGCUAAGCAAGUUGACCUUUGCCCGAUCUGUCGAAAGAGCAUCAAGAGUGUUAUUAAGAUUUAUAGGACAUAG